AUGAUUCGACAAUCAUUUGUCGAAGAGCGCAUAUCAGAUCUCCAUCAUCAUGCUCUUCAGUCGUCGGGCGACAGUGAUGGUGAGAUGUCUAAAGGAACAUCACGUCGAUUGCCAGCGCCUGUUACAACAUCUCGUAUUGUUAUUAAAAAAAAUACAUCGUUAAUACCAAAAGGUACUGAACCAGUAUUAAGUACAUCAUCAACAGUAUCUUCACCAACACCAACAGUUGACCCACGUUCACGUAUUGAUUUACUUGAACGAAAUCUUCGUUAUGUUCAACAACAACAUGAAAUAACUCUUGCUGAUUUACAUAGUGAAAUUAAUAAACUUCAAAAUGAAAAUCGAGAUCUUCAUUUUCGUAUGGUUAAUAUACGUUUACCAUCUGGAUCAGCAAGUAAACAAAGAAAAAGUGAAGUAUCACCAAAUAUUAAUCAAUUAGCUGAUAUUACACAAAAUGAACCAGUUCUUGCAAAACGUUUACAAGAAGUGCAACGUGUUCAUUUUGAACAACAAAUUGAUGAACUUCGAUUACGAUUAAUUGAAAGUGAACAAAGAAAUGAAUAUUUAACACGCCAAGUUGAUGAAUUAAAUAGAGUAACAUCAAAUCAGACACCACCGAGAACUCCAUUUGGUGUACCAGUUCUAUUACCAGAUCCAAAUACAUCACCGGAUACAAGUACAACACAUUUUAUUGAUAAUAAAAUGGUAAAAUCAGAAGAAUCACAAUUGAAUGAAAUGGAGUAUCAACAUUUACUUAGAAUUUCAUAUGACAAACAAAAACAACAAAUACAUGAAAUAGCAAGAUUACGAGCUGUAUUACGUGAAAUACUUCAUGCUGAACGAUUAAGUUCAACAUCGAAAAUACUUGUUCGUGAUUGUUUAGCAUCAACAACUACCAGUGAAGUUUCGACAACAGGAUCCACAGAUGUAUCUACGAUUGUAAAUCAACAACAGCUACAGUCGUCUGUUGCUCCAUCAACAACAAUUGAGAAGCCGUCAGCAUAUCGACAAUCAACCGGUCAUCGUCGUUUAUCAGAACACCGUGUAGUUUUACCACCAAUUGUAUCAGGUAGCAACACAUCAUCAUUGCAAGGUGCCAAUGAUGUAUUGCAUAAUUCAUUAAAUCCUGCAUCAUAUCAUCAACAACAGCAACAGCUAUUACCAAAAUUUAGUGAAACACCGGUAGCAAGACGAGGUCGACGUACUCAGGAAUUGCAAAGAACACGAUUAACAAGAAAUCUUUUUCAUUAA